AUGGCAACAACAUGUAGUGGCGGCGGUAAAGGUGGUGUCACCGCGGAAGUGAAAACUAUUGCCACACAGAUACAGACGCAGGUUAAUACGGAAGCAACUACUGGUGGUGGUAAUGUUGAUGAACAUGGUGAGAGUAAGUUGAAAGCAUCAUUAAAAGCAGCACGAUUUGGAAAUAGUCUGAAUGGAAGUGGACUGGAGGAUGACGAGAUUUGCAAACUUAAUAUACAAACACAUACCAAUGAUAAACGUACAUAUGAUGAUAAAGCAGAUGGUAGUGAUACUAGUAAGCAUAGUGGCCCCUGCACAGGGAAAGGAAAAGACAUAUUUAAUAUAGGAGUAAGGUGGACAACUGAUGACGAUAAAGUUGAUACAAACCAUAAAGGUGUAUUGUUACCACCUAGAAGAAAAAAUAUGUGCACUUCCAAUUUAGAAAAUUUACAAACUAGUAACCAAGGACUUAAACUUUUUAGUUUUGCUACCCACUCAUUAUUAGCAGAUGUAUUACUAGCAGCAAAAGAAGAGGCUCAAAAAAUAAUAGAACAAUAUAAAGAAAAGAAUAAAGAAAAUGGCAAAGAUAUUCUACAAGACCCAAAACAUAAAGAAUGUAUAUGUAAUGCCAUAAAAUCUAGUUUUGCAGAUCUAGGAGAUAUUAUUCGAGGAAGAGACUUAUGGAGCAACGAAAGUGGUAAUAAGAAUAUACAAGAAAAUUUGAAAACAAUAUUUGAACAAAUUAAAAAAACUGUUAAUCAAGGUGUCAACACAUAUAAUAAGGACACCCCAGAUCAUACCAUGUUACGUAACCACUGGUGGGAAGCAAACCGAAAAUCAGUGUGGAAAGCCAUGACAACAUGUGGGGACGCCGCAAAGAUCGAAUGUAAUAAACGUGGUGCUGGGAGUACUGGGAGUACUGGGAGUACUGGUUAUCGUUCUCAACGUGGUCAUUCGCGCGGUCGUAAUCAAAAUAGUCGUCGUGUUACUAGUAGUGGUGGUCUUAGUACAUCCAGUAGUGUUAGUGUCCCACAUGACGACUACAUCCCGCAACGUCUACGAUGGUUAACCGAAUGGGCCGAAAACUACUGUCGGGCACAGGCGAAGGAGUAUAACGAGUUGGUGAGUAAGUGUGGGACAUGUAAAACGAAAAAUGGAAACUGUGACAGCGAAUGUCAAGGAUGUAAAGAGAAGUGUAAAGAAUAUAAACAAUUUAUUACAAAUUGGAAAGCUGAUUGGGAUGAACAAAAAAAACAAUACGAAACAUAUUACCAGGAAGCACAAAAAAAUAAUGGUAAGGAUGGUAAGGAUGAAAAUCUAAAAUAUCUAUACCAGUUUUUAAACGAAUUACACACACGAAACCAAGCCACUGGUAGUGUAUAUGGUAGUGCCGGCGGGUACAUAAAACAGGAACUAUCAACAAAAAACGGUUGUGAGGGGCAGAACGAAUUCUGUAGUGAGAGUGACAAAAAAUAUGCGUUCCAACCGACACCAGACGGUUACCAACAGGCGUGCCAGUGUACAAAACCUGUACCACCGGUACCACUACCCACGUGUACCGACAAUAAAAUUUUGGAUGCGGCACGAAAUAUACACCACUAUGCAGAAGCGGAGUGGAAAAGUCGUGAUAGUGGUGGUAGUAAGGGUACUGAGAGUAAAUUAAAAGGAAAGGCACAUCUAGGUCAAUAUAAGCAUAAUAAAAACGGCGAUGUAAAUGAAUUGCAGAAUGAUAUAUGUAAAAUAACGAUUGAUCAUUCUAAUGAUAAACGCGAAAAAGGUACUGGUACUAACCAAUAUCAUGGCCCAUGUAGUGGAAAAGGAACAGGCAGGUUUGUCAUAGGAGAAAAGUGGAAACCUGGUGGCGACACGAAUAUGCGUAGUGGAUAUGGUGACGUAUUGUUACCUCCUAGACGUCAACAUAUGUGCACCUCCAACUUGGAAAACCUGGACACAGGUUUCACGGGUCUCACUGGUACUGAUGUUAACCACAGUUUUCUUGGCGAUGUUUUACUUGCUGCCAAAACUGAAGCAGAAAAAAUAAAGGAACUAUAUGACCAAAAUGGUGCCGCUAGUGAUGAUGCCACUAAAUGCCGUGCCAUAACAGCAAGUUUUGCAGAUAUUGGGGAUAUAAUAAGAGGUACGGACAUAUGGGAAGAUCGUGAUCAGAAAAAACUACAGGGGUAUUUGAAAGAAAUAUUUAAAAAAAUUAAAGACCAAGUUGAUAGUGGAAACAAAAAUUAUGCUAGUGAUAACGACCAAACCCAACCCCCAUACAAAACAUUACGUGAAGAUUGGUGGACCGCUAACCGCGACAAAGUGUGGGAAGCGAUGAAAUGUAGUGGCAUGACCACAUGUAGUGAUGGUGACACACCUGUGGAUGAUUAUGUACCGCAAACGUUGAGAUGGUUAGAUGAGUGGAGUCACCAAUUUUGUGUCGAACGCAAAAAAUUAGCAGACGAGGUGGUAACUAAAUGUGGAAAAUGUAAAGAUGCCUCAGAUGAAUACCACAAAAACAAUAGUGUGGAUAAAAAUACUAGUGGUAGUAGUACUGGCACAAGUGGUGCUGAUGGCAAAAAUUGUGAUACCACAAAUGGUGGUGGUAACAAUAGUGGUGAUGCCGAUUGUGCUCAGUGUAAAACUGCGUGCGAUGCCUGCAAACAAGCAUGUACUGCAUACACACAAUUUGUGGAAGGAAAUAGUGGUAAUAAUAAGUGGCGCGACCAGUGGAAAAAUAUGAACGAUAGGUACACACAAUUGAUGACAACAGCAAAGGAUAAAAUUGAAGAAUAUCAUAAAGACCAACAAAAACAAGCAAAAUCACAAACUCCUAGUGUUAUUAUCCCUCCAUAUAUGACUCCAUGUGGUAACAAUAGUGGUAGUAACAGUGUUAAUAGUGGUGAUAACCUGUGUGUCAAAAAUGACAUCGACUCCUUUUUCCAAAAUUUACACGAAAGUGGUACUACCACCCUUAGUAGUUAUAUAAAUAAUAUGUCACACGAUACGAAUUGUGGUGGCGACAAACACGUGGUUGCCACUAAUAUGUGGUUAUAUAUAUAA